AUGCUAUUGGUCGUCCUGGUGAUGCGAGGUGCGCAUGAAUCCGCCGCCGAGACAACGGCCGACCUGCUGGACGCCACCGCGAGCAAGGACAGCGUAGUCCACGAUUGGAAGGCAGUGUGUGAGCACUUGCAGCGGAUAAACUUAUCGGGGUCGGGAUGUCGGCCCUGGUGGUAUGUGCUGCGCCCACCGGUGACGGAGAGUCUGCCGCAGGAGCAGCUCGACCUGAUGUGCCCCACGCUGUGCUCCAGUAGCCUGGGACUGCCCAGCUGCGUCUGCAUCGUGCCCUACAGGGACUUGUCGGCGGCCGACAGGGACAACGUCUGUCAGCUCUUCUGCUCUGUGACCGGGUCCAAUCUGCGGGGCUGCACGGAGUGCGUGGACAACCAGACGACGACGGAAAUGAUGACGGUGACAACGGAGUCCUCCUCCACGACCUCCACAGCCAGCAGCACGACCACUCGAACCACGAGCACGACCAAGAGCACCACGAAAGCGCCCACGACGACCACGACGCCCGACUGGGGGGCGCUAUGCAACGUGCUGUGCCAGAUUGGCGAAGGCGGGGUUCUGUGCAAUUGUGACUUGCCGCCGUUCUUCUGAGCCAUGAGGUGAUCGUCAGGAGGACAGCGGUGACUUGUAAAUAUGAUACAAUUUCCGUUGGACAACGACAAGUGGAUUUGUUCUGAGGGUUCCAUUGAUAAGGCAGUUAAUUAAACUACCAACUUUUGUUUUUGACUCGAUGUUGAGAGAAUUUUUAGCAUUUUAACGACAAGAAAUAAUCACAAAAGGGCUUCCAAAACCAUCAAUUCAUUGUGACCAUCGAGACGUCGUCUCGUUGGGCGCAUGUAUUAAGUAUAGUGGACAAGAAUAUAUAGGUGUAACUUUAAGAAGGAUGUCUAUGUUAAGAGUGUAAUGAGAUAAAU